AUGGAGAGAAGAGGAAGCUUAACACGGGGAAUGUUGCCGCUUCUGGCAAUUCACGCGGUUAAUGAGUACUAUAGGCUGCCAUGGAAACCUCCAGUCACGGCUGCUCUUCUCGGUGCCAAUACUCUCAUCUAUUUGAGGCCUGCUUUCCUCCAUCAUUUUAUUCCCUCUGUUGAUCAUGUCUGGUUUAAUCCCCACCUCAUUCUGAAGCAUAGAGAUCUGAAACGCUUCCUCCUCUCACCAUUCUAUCAUGCGAGUGACUCUCAUCUCGUCUACAACAUGAUGUCUCUCUUAUGGAAGGGAAUUCAAUUGGAAACUUCUAUGGGAAGUGCUGAAUUUGCAUCUAUGACCGCUGCUUUACUUGCUAUGUCACAGGGUAUCACGUUGUUGCUAGCCAAGUCCCUCCUCUUCUUCUUUCAUUAUGAAAGACCUUUUUACUCUGAAUAUUCUGUUGGAUUUUCUGGUGUUCUCUUUGCCAUGAAAGUUGUCCUCAAUUCUCAGUCUGACAACCUCUCUAAUGUCUAUGGAUUGGUCGUACCGGCACGCCAUGCUGCAUGGGCAGAGUUGAUUCUUAUCCAAAUGUUUGUACCAGGCGUCUCAUUUCUUGGCCACCUCGGUGGAAUACUUGCUGGAAUUCUCUACCUCAAGUUGAAGAGAGCGUAUUCAGGACCAGAUCCACUGACUUUAACCAUCAGAACCCUUACCAAUGUAAUAAACAGGCCUCUGAGGUUUGUGAGGGAUUUAUUUCAAUUCCGGCAAGGACGGAUUUCUGGCCGUGGAACUGUUGGUGGGAGGCAGAUGGGAAGGACCAUGUCAGGGGUGUGGAGAUGCCAAGCGUGUACUUAUGAUAAUCCUGGUCUUUUAAGUAUAUGUGAGAUGUGUGGGACAAGUCGGGGUGCUCGUGGAUUGUUUUCCCGUGAAUUUUCAAACCAUUCCAAUGGCCCUACAUUGGAAGAAAUACGUCUCCGAAGGCUAGAAAGAUUUGGUUGA